UUCUGGCCACGCUGCAUUUAUUUGCAACUUUGCCACUUUUAUGAUUUUUUAUAUGCAAAAACGUUGCAAAUUCCCUGCUGUAAUAAAAUCCUUUACUCAAUUCUUUAUUGCUUUGUUUGCCUAUUUUGUGUGCCUUUCGAGAGUUAGAGACCACAAACACAGAUUAACUGAUGUUGUUGGUGGUGCUGCGACAGGGAUUGCUUUGGGGGCUUUCUUUAUUCGUUUUAUGCUUCACAACUUCCGCCCUAACCGUUACUGUCUAGUAGACAAAGAAUGGCCUGAAGAAGAUGCCAUACUUCCCUAUAAUGAAAAAUUUUCUUCUUCCCAAACAAUGAUACUUCAACAUAGCAAUUCUGUAGACGAAACCCAAAAACUCCAAAAAUCCUCUUUUACAAGACAUUCAAGUGAUUAUGGCACUUUGGCAAGUUCUUCCGCUUCUGUUAACAAUAUUGAAGGGAAAAAGGAAGAAAUAGAAACAUUGAUAAGAUGA